AUGGCAACCCGCUCCCGGAGCACCGCUCGUCCCCAAUCCCCUCUCGAUCAAGGAGAGUUGGGACCCACUCUUCAGGCAACCGCCGAUGAGUCAGGGAGCCUCGAACCAGAGGUCUACGGGGAAAUAUCCCUCAGCCGCGCAAUCUCCCUCAUCCUGGGAUUGCAAAACCAAGUCAUCCGGCUCGAGCGGGAACUCGAGGAAGUCAAGGAAGUCAACAAGGAAGCCCGAGACUGGAUGGGAGCAGUCGACCAAGCCCUCACUCGCAUCGAGGCUAGGGGUGGAACCCCACACACACCAGAAGACCGGAAACCUCCGGCAAUCGAGGCCACGCCCAGGCCCCUACCCAAAACCAACCCUCUUCCAGCGCCUAGUGCGCCCCUCGUUGCCUGGGCUAACCCCACAAAGGUCCCCCCCGUCUUUGCCCAACCAACCCCUGUCCGGGCUCCCCAAGAGUCCAUACUCCCGCUCCACCUUUGCCUAUCAGGCUCCACUCCCCCAUUGCCCCUCAGCCAGCGGCUCCAGUAG